AGCCGGCGCCUGGUUCGUAUGACUACAAUCUCCAUUCCCUGGGGUUGGCCCGGAAGCCAGCUCUCCUCAUCGGCCCCGCCUCCAAGCACCGGACUCUGGCUAUUGUGAACAAGUCCAAUGCUGCUGCGUCGGUGGAGGCAACAAUCCUGAUGAAGUUCGGUGGUUCAUCGAUACCAUCGGCGGAGCGGAUGAAAGAGAUGGCCAAGCUCGUCCUCGUCUCGCAGAAUCCGGUGGUUGUAUUGUCCGCCAUGGGGAACACCAACACCAACAUUCGCCUGGCCGCAUGGAAGGCUCUGAGAUGCGGCGCCCGGAAGGCAAGCGAAAUCGACGAGCUCGCCAUCAUAAAGGAGCUGCAUCUCAGGACGAUUGAUGAGCUUGGAUUAGAUAGGUCAACUGUUUCAGGUACGUUCCUUCAUUUUCUAUCUCUUGUGUGUCGCCCGUUGGGUCCAUUGGAUGAGCUGGAACAACAUCUUCAGUAUGUUGCCAUGACCAAAGAGCUGACUCCUAGCACUAAAGAUUACCUUGUUUCCUUUGGUGAACGCGCGUCUACGAAAAUGUUUUCUGGUUACUUAAAUAAACUUGGGAAACAGGUUUGGAGGGAUGUAGACAGUAUGUUCACGUGUGAUCCUAACGUUUGUGGAAAUGCUAUACAUAUACCCUCCUUGACUUUUGAUGAGGGAGUUGAGCUUAGGUGCAUCAGUGAACAGACAAUGCAAAUAGCUGUGGAAGGUGGCAUAAAAGUAACAGUUAAGAACUCGUACAACCCUCAAGCACGUGGUACUGUGAUUACUGAAACAACAGAUAUGAGCAAGAGUAUAUUAACCAGCAUUGCGUUGAAAUCAAAUAUUACCAUCCUGGACAUAGAGAGGACAAGUACGUUGGACUUGGACCAGAAUGCUUUUGUAGAAAAGGCCAUCUCAAUUUUUCAAAAUUUUGAAUACUUGAGCAUCUCAGUUGAUUGGAUAGCUACGAGUGAAGGCAAGGUGUCGUUUACAUUAGUUCCAUCAAAACUGUUGAGUCGAGAGCUGAUCCAACCGGCUCUUGAUAUGUCAGUUCAAGAGCUUCAAACUAUUGCAGAUGUUCACCGACUACAUGACAUGUCAGUCAUAUCCCUAAUUGGGAAACCGGGGAGGUCGAUAGACAUUCUUGGAAAGGCGCUAAGUAUUCUACAAAGCAGGGAUGUUGCAGUCGAGAAGGUCUCACAAGGGGUGUCCAAGAGUUGA